CAGAUUCACACACACACACACACACACUCUCUCUCUCUCCUCGCGUCUGCGUGUCAACGCCUACACAAACAGCUUCCUCCUCCUCCUCCAUGGCGUCCAUGGCGGCGAGAAGUAGCAGGAAGCGCAGGAGCCCGCCGCCGCGUGGGCUCGGGGACCUCCACGACGACGUUCUGGAGCGCGUCCUGGCGCGCCUCCCGCCGGCCACCUUCUUCCGCCUCCGCGCCGUCUGCCGCCGCUGGAGCGCCGCCGCCGCGUCGCCCACGUUCCUCCGCGCCUGCGCCCGCGUCCCGUCGCGGGACCCGUGGUUCCUCAUGCUCUCCGGCGCCCGCCCCCGCCCGCCGCUCGCCUUCGACGCCGCCGGCCGCUCCUGGAUCCCUUGCCGCGCCGCGCCGGGCGGCAGCGACGGCGGCGCCGACGCCGCCGUCCCGGUGGCGUCGUCCGGCGGCCUCGUCCUCUACCGCGCGCCGGGCACGGGCGAGCUCCUCGUCGCGAACCCGCUCACCGGCGCGAGCCGUGCCCUCCCCUCGCCGCCGGGGGCCCACGGCGGCGCGCCGCGGCUCCACGCCAUUGCCAUGUACGGCUCCCCCUACCGCGUGGCGCUCUUCGCGGACGAGCUCCCCGACCUGUCCAUGUCGGUGUUCGACUCGUCCAGGGGCUCGUGGGAGGGCCCUGUCGCGCUCUCCCGGAGGCCCGACGCCGCCGCGCUGCUCCCCGACGACGCGCCGUCCCAGGGCGGCGCCGACGACACGGUCUACUUCCUCAGCAAGUCCGGCGACGUGGUGGCCACCAACAUGCAGCGCAGCGCGUCGAAGCAGUACUCCUCGGUGGUGGUCGCCGCGUCGUCCGACGGCGGCGACGCCGUGGCCUACUUCCUGAGCCACUCCGGCACGGUGGUCGCCUGCGACACGGCGCGCCGCACGUUCGCCGAGCUCCCCCGCAUCCUCCCGGUCUACUUCGAGUACUCCAUCGACGUCGUGGCCUGCGACGGCGCCGCCUACGCCGUCGUGCUGGCGGAGUACCUCGACACGGCGAGCCUGCGGGUGUGGGGGUUCGCCGGCGGCGCGUGGAGGCAGGUGGCCGCCAUGCCGCCGGCCAUGUCGCACGCGUUCCACGGCAAGAAGGCCGACAUCAACUGCGUCGGCCACGGCGGCCGCCUCAUGGUCUGCGUGAGCUCCGGCGAGGCCAACGGCUGCUUCAUGUGCGACGUCGGCAGCAACCAGUGGGAGGAGCUCCCCAAGUGCGUCAAUGGCGAUGGAGAGGUCAACGACUUCUUGGCCGCUUUCUCCUUCGAGCCUAGGCUAGAGAUUAGCGUCUAAUUAAGCGCGUGUGAUUAGUUCUUGUGUGUUAAUUAAGGAGCUCUGUUUUGUGUUGCUCCUUGUUUGCUUGCUUGAUUACUUGAUGUGCAUUAGACAUCUAGUGAUCACUGUUUCUUUUUUGAGUGAUCCAAUUAUGUGAUUUCAGAUUUGUUUCAUGGAUAUCAAAUUGAGUCCUUUUGUACUGUCAACUGUGCAUGGUUGGUUAGUUUGGAUUUUCUUUUUA